GCUAGAAGCCAAAUAUUCCCUCUGCUUCUUCCACAAAUUCAAAAUCACACACACACAGAUCCUCCUUCCCUGCAACUACAACCUUCUUCUCCGAGCCUCCCUACCCAGAAAAAAAUGGCAUCUCGAUACAACUCUUACGAUUCAAGAUCAUCCGUAACUUCCUCAAUCCAAUCAGAUCCGUCUUCCUCCGCCGAAUUCAAAUCCAGCAAGGCCAUUGUCAGAUCCAAACCUUCCUACUUAACCAAAACAGCUAAACACGAUGCUAAUCCUGGGAACCUCACUUGUAUGAUGAAGAAGCUCAUGGACAUGAAGAAAUCUAAUCCCAAGGGCAAAAGGGUCGAGCUUGUGAUUCCCCAUGAACUCAAGAAGCUUGAUACUGUUCGAGGAGGAGGAGGGAAGGGUGCAUUGGGAACGCUGCAGAGGAAGCUGUUCGGGAAGGAGAAGGAGAAGGUGAAGGCUUUGACAGAGGUUAAAGGGAACACGAGGACUCUCUCUAUGGUUCUGCGAAGCGAGAGGGAGCUCCUGAGCAUGAACAAGGACCAGGAGAUUGAGAUCUCCGAGCUUAAGUUUCAGCUUGAAGAGAAGAACAGAGAAGUGGAGAAGUUGAAGGAUCUAUGUCUGAAGCAAAGGGAGGAGAUAAAGUCGCUGAAAAGCGCACUUUUGUUUCCAGAUGGGAUGAACAGCGAAAUGCAGGAGCUCAACGAGGCGAGGCAGAUCAUCCCUAACCUUCAGAAGCAGGUUCUUUCACUCAAUGGCCAGCUCCAAUGCAUUGCUCAAGACCUUGCCGAGGUGAAGGCGAACAAGUACAUAUCAGAAAGCUGUUACUGGCAAGCACAGACGUCUUCCUAUGAUUCACUGGAAUUCAGCUCAGGCAGCCCUGAUAGAUUGGCUCUGGAGGAUCUGAAUCCAUGCUUAACCCCUUAUGCCAAGAAGAAGCCUAAGGAUUUUGAGAGGGUGGAUUCAGCAGAAGAGAGCUUAUCGGGGAGAAGUACUGUAACAAAUACAGGAGGUAAAGGCAAAUCUAGUUCAAAAAGUGUGAAGAUGUCAAGGAGCUCAGAGGGAAAGGCAGGACGGAGAUCAGAGGAGAGCAAAGGAUGGCAUAGGGGUGGGAGAAUGUUUUAAGGUAAAACAAAAAUGCAAGCUUGCACCUCCUUCUUUUUCCACUUUGGUAUAUGUGCAUGUCUUUUGCUCUCAUUCUCAGAGGGUAGUAUGGUUUUGGUAGAAUCAUGUGGAGACAUGAUCCGAGACUGAGUUGAACAAGUUAAAAAAGUGUUAUGUAAAAUAGAUGACUUUUUAUAAUAAAAUAAGGUAUUAUAGAUG